UGUGGAGGAAGUGCAGAGACAGUUGCAGCAGCUGCUACCUCUCGGUCCGCACAGCCGGCUAAAGUCUUAUUUUAUUUAUUCACACAAAAUGUCGUGGCUGUUCGGCUUGAACAGGGGGCAGCCCGAAGCGCCUCCCGGCCUCCCGGUGCAGCCUCCGCCGCCUCCUCCGCCGGCCGGGGGCUCCGGCGGCGGCGGAGAUAAACCCAAGGACAAAUGGAGCAACUUUGAUCCCACCGGGCUGGAGCGGGCUGCUCAGGCGGCCAAGGACCUCGACAAGUCCCGACAUGCUAAAGAAGCUCUGGAUUUGGCUCGCAUGCAGGAGCAGACCACACAGAUGGAACACCAGACAAAAAUUAAGGAGUAUGAAGCAGCAGUGGAGCAGCUCAAAGGCGACCAGAUGCGGGUCCAGGGUGAGGAGAGGAGAAAAACUCUGAAUGAAGAGACAAAGCAGCAUCAAGCGAGAGCUCAGUAUCAAGACAAGCUGGCCAGACAGCGAUAUGAGGACCAACUCAGGCAACAGCAAGCACUGAAUGAGGAGAACCUUCGCAAACAGGAGGAGUCUGUACAGAAACAAGAGGCCAUGAGGAAAGCUACGAUAGAGCAUGAGAUGGAGCUGAGGCACAAGAAUGAGCUUCUGCGUAUUGAGGCAGAGUCUAAAGCACGAGCCCAUGUGGAGAGAGAGAACGCUGAUAUCAUCCGCGAGCAAAUCCGUCUGAAGGCUGCAGAACACAGGCAGACAGUUCUGGAGUCCAUAAAGACUGCAGGUGCUGUGUUUGGAGAAGGAUUCAGGGCUUUUGUGUCAGACUGGGAUAAAGUCACAGCCACGGUGGCAGGACUGACUCUUUUAGCAGUGGGUGUGUAUUCAGCCCGUAACGCAACAGGAGUGGCGGGACGUUACAUUGAGGCGAGGCUGGGGAAGCCGUCACUGGUGCGAGAGACGUCACGGUUCACUGUGGCAGAGGGAAUCAAGCAUCCUGUCAAGACAUUCAAACGCCUGAAGAGCAAACCUCAGGAUGCCCUUGAAGGAGUUGUGCUCAGUCCUAAACUGGAGGAGAGAGUGCGUGAUAUUGCAAUUGCAACAAGAAACACAAGGCAGAACCAUGGACUGUACAGGAACAUCCUCAUGUACGGGCCCCCAGGAACUGGGAAAACUCUUUUUGCUAAGAAGCUGGCAAUGCAUUCUGGGAUGGACUAUGCAAUCAUGACCGGUGGUGAUGUAGCACCCAUGGGCCGGGAUGGCGUGACUGCCAUGCACAAAGUUUUUGACUGGGCUAACACAAAUCGACGUGGACUGCUGCUCUUUGUGGAUGAAGCUGAUGCAUUCCUUCGCAAAAGAUCCACUGAGAAGAUAAGUGAAGACCUGAGAGCCACUUUGAAUGCUUUCUUGUAUCGCACUGGAGAACAGAGCAACAAGUUCAUGCUGGUGCUAGCCAGUAACCAACCAGAGCAGUUUGACUGGGCCAUAAAUGACCGUAUAGAUGAAAUAGUGAAUUUUGCUCUGCCGGGUCCUGAAGAGAGGGAGAGGCUGGUGCGGUUGUACUUUGACAGAUACGUGCUUGAGCCCGCCACUGGAGGGAGGCAGAGGAUGAAGCUGGCACAGUUUGACUACGGUAAAAAGUGCUCUGAGAUAGCAAAGAGGACAGGCGGCAUGUCCGGAAGAGAGAUCUCUAAACUGGGUGUGGCCUGGCAGGCAGCAGCAUAUUCCUCUGAAGAUGGCGUCCUGACGGAGGCUAUGAUUGAUGCCCGGGUUGACGACGCUGUCAAGCAGCACGUUCAGAAGAUGGACUGGCUGCACGGAGACGAGGAGGCUCAGACCAAGACCCUUACACCUCCACCAAUUGGAGCGACAGGAAAUGAAGGAAAAAUGGGCUUCAAUCUGCCCCUCAGCGAGGCACCUCAGGCUCAGGAGGUGAUCGCUCCAGUCCUUGAGAUUAAUACAAAGCAAGAAGGUGACAGUAUACCUCAAGAGAUGACACCACCUCUCUCAGACAUCGACCAAUCCGCCGAGGGCAAAAGCAGCAUCCCAGCUGGACGGGACUGUGAAGAUGCUGUCAAAGCAGAAGCUUCCCCCUCUGACAGUGAGGUCAAGGUGGAAAAGGAAGACAAGACUGGACCUCCUUCAAAGGAUGGAACUCCAGUUUGAUGUGUAGAUGUGUUCACCGGGGCUGCCUGCACUAGAAACAUAAGUGUCCUGCCUCUUUAACUAGUCUGUCAGUUUGUCUAAACGUCUGCUGGACUGUCUUCAUGACAAAAGAUGAGUUCAGUGGGUUGGAAGAAAAUCAAUUAACAAAAUACGAAAGACGCCUGAGACUCUUUCAUUCUAAUAUAUAAUGUAAACAUUGUAAAAGUGUACCUGACAGUGUGUCUGUAAUGUCAGUAUAUAAAUGUUGUGCACAGUUGAACGUCUCAAAUGAUUAAAAUGAUCUGUGUUUUUAUAAACA